AUGUUCACUGGAUUCCCAGCCCAUGGUUCAGCCCACGGCCUCCGCCGCAGCAUCUCCGGGGAAAGGAACCCUAGCUCCAUCCCUCCACAUAAAUACCUCCUCGCCUCCACCAUCGCCACUCUUCGCGCCGCCGCAGCCCCCAAACCCUCAUCCCCAUCACUCUCCGAGCACCCCGACCACCCCUCCCUCACCCGGCCAUGGCGGAGCGCGGCGGCGAGCGUGGCGGCGAGCGCGGCGGGUUCGGCCGUGGCGGCGAGCGCGGCGGGUUCGGCCGUGGCUUCGGGCGCGGCAGGCGCGGCGACCGUGGCGGGCGCCGCGGCGGCGUCGUGGUCCGCGUCAGGAGGAAGAGAAGGGUCCCCGUCACCAAGCUCGGCCGCCUCGUCAAGGAGGGCAGGAUUAACAAGAUCGAGGGAGAUCUACCUCCACUCGCUCCCCGUCAAGGAGCACCAGAUCGUCGAGACCCUCGUCCCGGGGCUCAAGGACGAGGUCAUGAAGAUCACGCCCGUGCAGAAGCAGACCCGCGCUGGGCAGCGCACUGCCGCUUCAAGGCCUUCGUCGUCGUCGGCGAUGGCGACGGCCACGUCGGCCUGGGAGUCAAGUGUGCCAAGGAGGUGGCCACCGCCAUCCGCGGCGCCAUCAUCCUCGCCAAGCUCUCCGUCGUCCCCGUCAGGAGGGGGUUACUGGGGUAACAAGAUCGGACAGCCGCACACCGUGCCGUGCAAGGUCACCGGUAAGUGUGGUUCCGUCACCGUCCGCAUGGUGCCCGCGCCCAGGGGUUCUGGCAUCGUCGCCGCUCGCGUGCCCAAGAAGGUGCUGCAGUUCGCUGGCAUUGAGGAUGUCUUCACCUCGUCCCGUGGCUCCACUAAGACCCUUGGCAACUUCGUCAAGGCAACCUUCGACUGCUUGAUGAAGACCUAUGGCUUCCUUACUCCUGAAUUCUGGACUCAGACCAAAUUCUCCAUGACUCCAUUCCAGCAGUUCACGGACCUCCUGGGAAAGCCCACCAAGGGUCUUGUGCUUGAGGCCCCAACUGAGACAGUAGAGGCGAGGGAUGGCAGCCUUGACGGGCCAGCUACGACGAGGUGCGCCAGGGCCCAGGGGAACUGGAAUUGCUGUGGCCAAGUCCUGAAACUCAAACUGGCAAGCUGCUGCCGUCCCGACUUUGGUCGUCUCAGGUACGCAGACAGCAUGGCCGGAGUCCAGGUGACGCCGGCGGCAGUGGGGGCGAGCGCCGUCGGGCGGUUCGGUGUCAGGGGUGGUAGCACCACCGGCUUGUUCGCCGGCGACUGGAGGAAGGCUCGCCGCCCGGCGUGCUCGGUCUGGGCGCUCAGGCAGAACCGGAGCAGCAGCAGGAGCAAGGGCGGCCUCGGCAUCGUCUGCAACCUCGCCGGACAGUACGAGGAUAGCUUUGACGACGUCCAGCGGCAACUGAUGAAUUACUUCACCUACAAAGCCGUGAGGACCGUGCUGACCCAGCUCUACGAGUUGAACCCACCAAGCUACCGUUGGUUCUACAACUUCGUUGCUGUCAACAAACCUACUGACGGCAAGCAUUUCCUCCGUGCUCUCAGCAAGGAGAGGCAGGAGCUUGCUGAGCGAGUGAUGAUCACCAGGCUUCACCUAUAUGGAAAAUGGAUCAAGAAAUGUGACCACGCAAACACGUACGAGAAGAUCUCUGACGAGAACCUGACGCUGAUGCGAGAGCGGCUCAUGGAGACGGUCAUCUGGCCAACAGACGACACCAACACAGAGAAGAUCGGCUGA